AGUUGACAGCUACAUGUGAUAUCGAUAAAUACUGAUACGUCAAUUUAUAUUAUAAUUUGAAUAUUGUUCUCGGUGAUACGAAUUGCUAGGUACUGCACAUUUUAAUUAUUUAUCUCUGUAACGAAAAUUAAUACAGAAGGUCAAGAAAUUUCAUUCGUAAACGUAUUCUAAGAUCAAUGUAAGUGGUUUUCGAAAGACAUCUAUCGUAAAGUAAACCUUUUAUUUGAAGAAAUGUCCAAGUUGGAGUUGGUGCAAACCCUGACGGGGCACAAGGGAAUAGUAUGGAAUGUAUCUUGGCAUCCUCAAGGAAAAAUAUUUGCAUCUUGUGGCGAGGACAAGACAAUAAAACUAUGGAGCAAGGAGGGUCAACAGUGGACCAUAAAAACAGUUCUUGUAGAUGGUCAUCAACGCACGAUCAGAGAAGUGGCCUGGUCUCCUUGUGGAAAUUAUCUGGCAUCAGCCAGUUUUGAUGCAACUACAGCUAUUUGGGACAAGAAAAGUGGUCAGUUUGAAUGUAAUGCAGCACUGGAGGGCCAUGAGAAUGAAGUAAAAAGUGUAGCAUGGUCACCGUCUGGCCAGCUGCUGGCAACCUGUGGGCGAGACAAGUCUGUCUGGGUGUGGGAGGUGGCUGGAGAUGAUGAAUAUGAAUGUGAAUCUGUACUUAAUGCACACCAUCAAGAUGUUAAAAAAGUUGCUUGGCAUCCUUCACUAGACAUCUUGGCUUCUGCAUCAUAUGAUAACUCAGUAAAGCUGUAUAAAGAAGAUCCAUCUGACAAUGAUUGGAGCUGUAUAGCAACUCUACAAUCACACGAGUCCACUGUAUGGAGUCUGACUUUUGACAAGACUGGAGAGAGAUUAGCCACUUGCAGUGAUGACAAAACUGUCAAAAUAUGGAGGGAGUACAAACCGGACAACCAAGAAGGUGUAAUUGUGACUGAUAGAGAAUCUGUGUGGAAAUGUGUCUGUACAUUAUCUGGCUUCCACACAAGAUGCAUAUAUGAUAUCACCUGGUGUCAUCACACUGGCUUGCUGGCCACAGCUUGCGGAGAUGACAUUAUAAGGAUAUUCAAGGAGAGUGAAACCUCUGAUCCAAAUGCCCCUACUUUUGAUCUUAUCUGCACCAAGUUGAAUGCACACACACAAGAUGUGAACUGUGUUACUUGGAAUCCAACUGGCAAUAAGGAGAUGCUGUCUUGUAGUGAUGAUGGUGAAAUUAAAUUGUGGAGUUACACUGAAUAGUUGAUAUUUUAUAUUAUAAUUAAUAUUAUUUUAUAUUAUUGUUUUAUGUAGUGAUACAUUUAGGGGGGCUAUAUUAAUAAAUAGUUGUGUUGAUACAAC